GAGUCAAGAUGGCGGCCAAGGUGGCGAAGCAGCAGCAGCGGCGGCGGCGGCGGCGGCUGGAGUGAGCUCCCCGCUUGCCGCGCCGAGCGAGGUCCCGGGGUAGGGCCGCGCGCCGGGGCCGCGUCCUGCUGCUCAGGCCCGGGGGCGCGCCGGCUACCACGCUCCGCCAGCUCCUGGUGGUUUCCUAGAAACAUGGUUGUUUGUUGGACUUGAUCUCACAGCCUGGUGAGGACUUCUUUACUGAUAAUGUCAAGUUCAGGUUAUCCUCCCAACCAAGGAGCAUUCAGCACAGAACAAAGUCGUUAUCCUCCCCACUCUGUUCAGUACACCUUUCCCAGCACGCGUCACCAGCAGGAAUUUGCAGUCCCUGAUUAUCGUUCUUCUCAUCUCGAAGUCAGCCAGGCAUCACAGCUCCUGCAGCAGCAGCAGCUUCGCAGACGGCCCUCCCUGCUUUCAGAAUUUCACCCGGGUUCGGACAGGCCUCAAGAAAGGAGAACUGGAUAUGAACAGUUUCACCCAGGGCCAUCCCCCGUGGAUCAUGAUUCCCUGGAAUCCAAGCGACCACGUCUGGAGCAGGUUUCUGAUCCCCAUUUCCCGCGCGUCAGCGCCGCGGUUUUACCUGUCGUGCACACGCUGCCAGAAGGGUUGAGGUCUUCUGCAGACGCUAAGAAGGAUCCAGCAUUUGGAGGCAAACAUGAAGCUCCAUCCUCUCCAAUCUCUGGGCAGCCAUGUGGAGAUGAUCAAAAUGCUUCACCUUCAAAACUUUCAAAGGAAGAGUUAAUACAGAGUAUGGAUCGUGUAGAUCGAGAAAUUGCAAAAGUAGAACAGCAGAUCCUUAAACUGAAAAAGAAACAACAACAGCUGGAAGAAGAAGCGGCUAAACCUCCUGAGCCUGAGAAGCCUGUGUCCCCUCCUCCCGUGGAGCAGAAACACCGCAGUAUUGUCCAAAUUAUUUAUGAUGAGAAUCGGAAAAAAGCAGAAGAAGCUCAUAAAAUAUUUGAAGGUCUUGGCCCAAAAGUUGAACUGCCACUCUAUAACCAGCCAUCGGAUACCAAGGUGUAUCAUGAGAACAUCAAGACUGGAGUACCUGCAAGGCGCAUGAUGAAAAACCAGGUGAUGAGGAAAAAACUCAUUUUAUUUUUUAAAAGAAGAAAUCAUGCAAGAAAACAAAGGGAACAAAAAAUCUGCCAACGUUAUGAUCAGCUCAUGGAGGCAUGGGAGAAAAAAGUGGACAGAAUAGAAAAUAACCCCCGGAGGAAAGCUAAAGAAAGCAAAACAAGGGAAUACUAUGAAAAGCAGUUUCCUGAAAUUCGAAAACAAAGAGAACAACAGGAAAGAUUUCAGCGAGUUGGGCAGAGGGGAGCUGGUCUUUCAGCCACCAUUGCUAGGAGCGAGCAUGAGAUUUCUGAAAUUAUUGAUGGGCUCUCUGAGCAGGAGAAUAAUGAGAAACAAAUGCGGCAGCUCUCUGUGAUCCCGCCUAUGAUGUUUGAUGCAGAACAGAGACGGGUCAAGUUCAUCAACAUGAAUGGGCUCAUGGAGGACCCUAUGAAGGUUUAUAAAGAUAGGCAGUUUAUGAAUGUUUGGACUGACCACGAGAAGGAGAUCUUUAAGGACAAGUUUAUCCAGCAUCCAAAAAACUUUGGACUAAUUGCAUCCUACUUGGAAAGGAAGAGUGUUCCUGAUUGUGUUUUAUAUUACUACUUAACCAAGAAAAAUGAGAAUUAUAAAGCCCUAGUAAGAAGGAAUUAUGGAAAACGCAGAGGAAGAAACCAGCAGCAAAUUGCCCGACCCUCACAAGAAGAAAAAGUAGAAGAAAAAGAAGAAGAUAAAGCAGAAAAAACAGAAAAAAAAGAAGAGGAAAAGAAAGAUGAAGAAGAAAAAGAUGAAAAGGAGGACUCUAAAGAAAAUGCCAAGGAAAAGGACAAGACGGAAGGUACAGCAGAGGAAACGGAGGAGAGAGAGCAGGCCACACCCCGGGGACGAAAGACCGCCAACAGUCAGGGCCGCAGAAAGGGCCGCAUCACCCGGUCCAUGACCAACGAAGCGGCGGCGGCCAGCGCUGCGGCCGCUGCGGCCACUGAGGAGCCCCCGCCGCCUCUGCCACCCCCACCAGAACCCAUUUCUACAGAGCCUGUAGAAACCUCUCGAUGGACAGAAGAAGAAAUGGAAGUCGCUAAAAAAGGUCUUGUAGAACAUGGUCGUAACUGGGCAGCGAUUGCCAAAAUGGUGGGGACUAAAAGUGAAGCACAGUGCAAAAACUUCUAUUUUAACUAUAAAAGGCGACAUAAUCUUGACAACCUUUUGCAACAGCAUAAACAGAAAACUUCACGGAAGCCCCGUGAAGAGCGAGACGUGUCCCAGUGUGAAAGUGUAGCUUCCACUGUUUCUGCUCAGGAGGAUGAAGAUAUUGAAGCUUCUAAUGAAGAAGAAAAUCCAGAAGACAGUGAAGGUGCUGAAAAUAGUUCUGAUACAGAAAGUGCUCCUUCUCCUUCACCAGUUGAAGCUGUCAAGCCCAACGAGGAUAGCACUGACAAUGCGACUUCUCGAGGAAACGCAGCGCCUGGGGCUGAGCUCGAACCCAGCACAGAACCUGUACCCUGUGCAUCUCCCUCCUCAGCAGUGCAAAGUGCAAAACCAGUCGAAAGUGAAAGUGUGGAGACACAGGCGAAUGACAGCAUUGCGGUGGAGGCAGAGCCGAUGGACGUCGAACGGCAGGAGCACGGUGCUGAAGUGACUUCUGUUCUUGACCUCCCCACGCCUGCCAAAUCAGACUCUGUAGACGUUGAGAUGGGGGCGCCGGAAAGCAAUCCAUCCAGAGUCGAAGGUGAUACCAAAGAAGGAGACCUGGAGAGAGCCAGCACGAAGACAGAGCCUAGAGAUGAGGACAUGGUGGUGGCCCAGCAGAUAGGCGCCCAGAGGCCCGAGCCCCAGUCAGACAAUGACUCUAGUGCCACCUGCAGUGCGGAUGAAGAUGUGGAUGGAGAGCCCGAGAGGCAGAGAAUGUUUCCUAUGGACUCAAAGCCUUCAUUGUUGAACCCCCCUGGAUCUAUACUGGUCUCAUCCCCAAUAAAACCAAAUCCACUGGACUUGCCACAGCUUCAGCACAGAGCUGCUGUUAUCCCGCCAAUGGUUUCCUGUACCCCAUGUAAUAUACCGAUUGGAACCCCAGUGAGCGGGUAUGCCCUCUACCAGCGACACAUUAAAGCAAUGCAUGAGUCCGCACUCCUUGAAGAACAGCGGCAGAGGCAAGAACAGAUAGAUCUGGAAUGUAGAAGUUCUACAAGUCCCUGUGGCACCGCCAAGAGUCCAAACAGAGAGUGGGAAGGAAAAUCAGUCGCCUAUAUGCCUUAUGCUGAGGUCAAACGUGCUCUAGAACAGGAAGCACAGAUGCACAGUCCCGCAGCAAGGUCAGCCUCACCGUGUAGGCUCUCUCCGAGAGAAGUCAGUAAAGCCGCUCCACAGCCUGAUAUGAGUGCAGCCCGCUAUAGUGUCCCGCCAGUCCUGCAGCCUGCUCCGCAUCAAGUGAUAACUAAUCUCCCUGAAGCGGUUCGGCUUCCGACAACUCGACCCACCAGGCCACCUCCUCCUCUCAUCCCAUCAUCCAAAACCACAGUGGCUUCAGAAAAACCAUCUUUCAUCCUGGGAGGCUCCAUCUCACAGGGAACACCUGGCACUUACUUGACUUCUCAUAAUCAGACUUCCUACACUCAAGAAGCAGCUAAGCCCUCAGUCGGCUCUAUAUCUCUCGGACUGCCGCGGCAACAGGAAUCUGCCAAAUCAGCUACUGUGCCCUACAUCAAGCAGGAAGAAUUUUCUCCCCGAAGCCAAAACUCACAGCCUGAAGGUUUAUUGGUCAGGGCACAACAUGAAGGAGUGGUCAGAGGGACCACAGGAGCCAUUCAAGAAGGAAGUAUAACUCGGGGAACGCCAGCCAGCAAAAUUUCCGUGGAAGGCAUCCCAUCCCUGCGGGGCUCGAUCACUCAGGGUACCCCAGCCCUGUCACAGGCUGGCAUACCAACUGAGGCGUUGGUGAAGGGAUCCAUUUCUAGAAUGCCCAUUGAGGAGAGCAGUCCUGAGAAAGGCAGAGAGGAAGCUGCAUCCAAAGGUCAUGUUAUUUAUGAAGGCAAGAGUGGACACAUCUUAUCCUACGAUAAUAUUAAAAAUGCCCGAGAAGGGACGAGGAGUCCAAGAACAGCUCAUGAAAUCAGUUUAAAAAGAAGCUAUGAAUCAGUGGAAGGAAAUAUAAAGCAAGGGUUGUCGAUGAGGGAGUCUCCUGUUUCAGCACCGUUGGAGGGGCUGAUAUGCCGAGCAUUACCCAGGGGGAGCCCUCAUUCUGACCUCAAAGAAAGGACUGUGCUGUCUGGUUCCAUAAUGCAGGGCACACCAAGAGCAACAACGGACAGUUUCGAAGACGGUCUUAAGUACCCCAAACAGAUUAAAAGGGAGAGUCCUCCCAUGCGAGCAUUUGAAGGCGCCAUCACCAAAGGAAAACCAUAUGAUGGCAUUACCACCAUCAAAGAAAUGGGGCGUUCCAUUCAUGAGAUUCCACGGCAAGAUAUUUUAACUCAGGAAAGCCGAAAAACUCCAGAGGUGGUCCAGAGCACAAGGCCAAUAAUCGAAGGUUCCAUCUCCCAGGGCACACCAAUAAAGUUUGACAGCAACUCAGGUCAAUCUGCCAUCAAACACAACGUCAAAUCCUUAAUCACGGGGCCUAACAAACUACCCCGUGGGAUGCCUCCACUGGAAAUCGUACCAGAGAACAUAAAAGUGGUAGAACGGGGAAAAUAUGAGGAUGUGAAAGCAGGCGAGCCAGUGCGUUCCCGACACACAUCGGUGGUAAGCUCUGGCCCCUCCGUCCUCAGGUCAACACUUCAUGAAGCUCCCAAAGCGCAGCUGAGCCCGGGGAUUUAUGACGACAGUAGUGCACGGCGGACCCCUGUGAGUUAUCAAAACACCAUGUCCAGAGGCUCGCCUAUGAUGAACAGAACUUCUGAUGUUACGAUUUCCUCUAGCAAGUCUACUAAUCAUGAAAGAAAAUCGACCCUGACCCCUACCCAGAGGGAAAGUAUACCAGCGAAGUCUCCAGUACCUGGGGUGGACCCUGUAGUAAGCCACAGCCCUUUUGAUCCCCACCAUAGGGGCAGCACCACAGGAGAGGUUUAUCGGAGCCAUCUUCCCACACAUUUGGAUCCAGCCAUGCCGUUUCACAGGGCUCUGGAUCCUGCAGCUGCUGCUUACCUGUUUCAGAGACAGCUCUCCCCAACCCCAGCGUACCCCAGUCAGUACCAGCUUUAUGCAAUGGAGAACACCAGACAGACAAUCCUCAAUGAUUACAUUACCUCACAGCAGAUGCAAGUGAAUCUGCGCCCGGAUGUGGCCAGAGGCCUCUCCCCACGGGAGCAGCAGCUGGGCCUCCCGUACCCAGCCACAAGGGGAAUCAUUGACCUGACCAACAUGCCUCCAGCGAUUUUAGUGCCUCAUCCCGGGGGCACGAGUACGCCUCCCAUGGACAGAAUCACUUACAUUCCUGGCACACAGAUUACUUUCCCGCCCAGGCCGUACAACUCUGCGUCUGUGUCUCCAGGACACUCGACGCACCUUGCAGCGGCUGCGAGUGCUGAGCGGGAGCGGGAGCGGGAGCGGGAGAAGGAGCGGGAGCGGAUCGCCGCGGCCACGUCCUCAGACCUCUACCUUCGGCCAGGCUCGGAACAGCCGGGCCGACCGGGCAGUCAUGGAUACGUCCGCUCCCCGUCCCCUUCAGUAAGAGCCCAGGAGACCAUGUUGCAGCAGAGACCCAGCGUGUUCCAAGGAACCAAUGGAACCAGUGUAAUCACACCUUUGGAUCCAAGUGCUCAGCUCCGAAUCAUGCCGCUGCCCGCUGGGGGCCCGUCGAUAAGCCAGGGCCUGCCGGCCUCCCGCUACAGCACCGCUGCGGACGCCCUGGCUGCCCUUGUGGACGCCGCAGCCUCUGCCCCCCAGAUGGAGGUUUCCAAAACCAAAGAGAGUAAGCAUGAAGCUUCCAGGUUAGAAGAAAAUUUGAGAAGCAGGUCAGCAGCAGUUAGUGAACAGCAGCAGCUAGAGCAGAAACCCCUGGAGGUGGAGAAGAGAUCUGUUCAGUGUCUGUACACUUCUGCAGCCUUUCCAAGUGGCAAGCCCCAGCCUCAUUCUUCAGUAGUUUAUUCUGAGGCUGGGAAAGAUAAAGGGCCUCCUCCAAAAUCCAGAUAUGAGGAAGAGCUAAGGACCCGAGGGAAGACUACCAUUACUGCAGCUAACUUCAUAGACGUGAUCAUCACCCGGCAAAUUGCCUCGGACAAGGAUGCAAGGGAACGUGGCUCUCAAAGUUCAGACUCUUCUAGUAGCUUAUCUUCUCAUCGGUAUGAAGCACCCGGCGAUGCUAUUGAGGUGAUCAGCCCUGCUAGUUCACCUGCGCCGCCCCAGGAGAAACUGCAGGCCUAUCAGCCAGAGGUGGUGAAGGCAAAUCAAGCAGAAAGUGAAGCCAGCAGACAGUAUGAAGGGCCAUUACAUCACUACCGACCCCAGCAGGAACCACUGUCUCCACAACAGCAACUGCCCGCCUCCUCACAGGCCGACGGCGUGGGGCAGGUGCCUAGGACCCACCGCCUGAUCACACUUGCUGAUCACAUCUGUCAAAUUAUCACACAAGAUUUUGCUAGAAAUCAAGUUUCCUCACAGCCUCCCCAGCAGCCUCCCACUUCUACAUUCCAAAACUCACCAUCUGCUUUGGUGUCCACACCUGUGAGGACUAAAACAUCAAAUCGUUAUAGCCCAGAAUCCCAGUCUCAGUCUGUCCACCAUCAAAGACCAGGGUCAAGGGUCUCUCCAGAAAAUCUUGUGGACAAAUCCAGGGGAAGGCCUGGAAAAUCCCCAGAGAGGAGUCACGUCCCUUCCGAGUCCUACGAGCCCAUCUCCCCGCCCCAGGUCCCAGUUGUGCAUGAGAAACAGGACAGCAUGCUGCUACUGUCUCAGAGAGGAGCGGAGCCCGCAGAACAGAGGAAUGAUUCCCGCUCACCGGGGAGUAUAAGCUACUUGCCUUCGUUCUUCACCAAGCUUGAAAACACGUCACCCAUGGUUAAAUCAAAGAAGCAGGAGAUUUUUCGUAAGUUGAACUCCUCUGGUGGAGGUGACUCUGAUAUGGCAGCCGCUCAGCCGGGAACUGAGAUCUUUAAUCUGCCAGCGGUGACUGCCUCAGGCUCGGUUAGCUCUAGAGGUCAUUCUUUCGCUGAUCCCGCCAGUAAUCUUGGUCUGGAAGACAUUAUCAGGAAGGCUCUCAUGGGAAGCUUUGAUGACAAAGCGGAGGAGCACGGAGUUGUCAUGUCCCAGCCUGUGGGUGUGGUGCCUGGCGGCGCUAACACCUCCGUUGUGACCGGUGGUGAGACACGGAGAGAGGAAGCGGACCCGUCGCCUCAUUCAGUUCCACUUGAGGACCCCUCCCGCCCUGCUCCUCACAGUGCAUGUGCGUUACCACUCCGCCUGCCACGGCGUGGACAAGAGCUAACGCAGGACCAUUUCUUAGUGCAGAACAUGGAAAGGACAGAACUCACACAUGGCUUACCUACGGAGCAAACCGUCUGGGAGGGUGGCCGUCCACCGAGGCAGGACCGGAACGGCACCGAGAGGGACCGAGGAUUGGCGGCUGGCGGCUGUCAACCCAGGCAUGAUGCUCUACGGGCUGAGAUUUCAGUGUUCCGAAGCUGCCUCCUUAUGCAUGAGCGUUUAGCACCCCACAACUAGAUGAAGGUCUUCCCGAUGCUGUGCGGAGCAGUAUUCUGACAGCCAGGUUUCCAGUGCAUGUUCAUGAUUGGAAGUUUCCUAAUGCUUUAAUUUUGGUAUGCUGGUUCCAUUUUUAAGAUAUUUAUGCCCUGAAAACUCUGGUGACAUAGUUCAAACAAACUACACUAUUUUUAACAACUCACUUUUGAAUUCACACCAGUCGGGCCAAGGGGCCGGUCCUCCUGCUUUGCUACCUUGUUUUUACAACUGUGCAAAUGAACUUUCUUGGAAAUACCCACAUGAAGAGACUGUCUUUCUGAGAACACCUACAGUUUUUCCAGCACCGGGAUGGGACCAUGAGCUGAAUCAUUGUGGAGGAUCGAAAAUUCUUAAAUAAAACCUGGAGUGACAAACCUAACUUUCAGUAACCCCUGCAAUUGUGAAAAGGUACAAACAUUCUCAGUGCACAUGGUGAGUAGUUGACAAUAAUUUUUCAAAAAUCAACCAACCAAUAAAUUAAGACUGGGUUGCACUGAAAA